AUGUCUUCUCCGAUUUUCUGGUACCAUCUCAUAUACCAGAACCUUCAAGAUCUUAGCAUGAUAGGAUUUGUUUAUGGCCCUAGAACAAAAGUGCGAGGUAGCUCAUGGCUGUUUUUAAUCCUUUGGUCCACUAUCACGGACGUCAAAUAUACCAACAGCAAAGUCUUACUCGAGGCCACAAAGCCCUUCCGAAGACAGUCAUCGUGCUCCCUUGGAAUCUCACUUGUUCUUAUUUACCUCGGCAUAGGCGAAUCGAGAAACAUGUGUGGUAUAUCG